AUAUUUUCCUUCAUUGUGACAAAACUUUACUGCCUCGCAACCCAGCAGCGUGGAGCUCAUGGAAUUUUCUUGGAACCAUGAAUAGUAGAGUAUGUGUGACAUAUUGGCUCAAUAUACUCCAGAACCUUGGUGAGACUGAGCGGCCUUAUUGUGUAACUCUAAAUCCUCCUCACACACCAGAGCAUACAUUGCUUAAGUGGACCACCGGCCAUCCAGUACCCUCAGUUGCUGCAUCAAAAGCUUCUUCCGAACUUUAUCAAAUCCAAGGGAAGAGAGGAAUAUGGUUUUGUGGAGCAUAUCAAGGCUAUGGUUUCCAUGAGGAUGGACUAAAGGCGGGUGUCGUUGCUGCAGAUGGCAUGCUUAGAAGGAAUUGUAGUAUUUUAGAUAACCCCAAGCAUAUGGUACCAACCUGGCCUGAAACUGGAGCACUCAUCGUUGUUACUAGAUUUCUCAAAAGUUUCAUUCAAACAGGAUGCAUAAU